GGCCGUGCCGCGGUGCCGCGCCGAGCGGCGGGCGGGGAUGCUGCUGCCGCCGCCGCCGCCGGCUCCCCCGCCCGCCCCGCGCCGCCGCCGCAGCCCCGCCAGACGCAGCGCGGCUCGGAGCGCGCACGGAGCCUCCCGCAGCCGCCGCCAUGGCCCGGAACCGCCGGGACAGGAGCAGCUGGGGCAGUUUUGCAGACAAGACUUACGAGUGGAGCUCUGAGGAGGAGGAAUCGGUGAGGAAGGCAGGGCCAGUGCAGGUCCUCAUUGUCAAAGAUGACCACUCCUUCGAGCUGGACGAAGCCGCCCUGAACCGCAUCCUCCUCUCCGAGGCUGUCAGAGAUAAGGAGGUGGUGGCUGUGUCCGUGGCUGGAGCUUUCAGGAAAGGAAAAUCAUUCCUGAUGGACUUCAUGCUGCGCUACAUGUACAACAAGGAGGCAGUGGACUGGGUUGGGGAUUACAACGAGCCCCUGACCGGUUUCUCCUGGAGGGGCGGCUCCGAGCGGGAGACGACCGGGAUUCAGAUCUGGAGCGAGGUGUUCCUGGUGGACAAGCCCGAUGGCACCAAGGUCGCUGUGCUGCUGAUGGACACCCAGGGCACCUUUGACAGCCAGUCCACCCUCAGGGACUCUGCCACCGUGUUUGCCCUCAGCACCAUGAUCAGCUCCAUCCAGGUUUAUAACUUGUCCCAGAAUGUGCAGGAGGAUGAUCUGCAGCACUUGCAGCUUUUCACCGAGUAUGGCCGGCUGGCCAUGGAAGAGACAUUCCAGAAGCCUUUCCAGUCCCUUAUUUUCCUUGUUCGUGACUGGAGCUUCCCUUAUGAAUUCUCCUAUGGAUCUGAUGGUGGUGCCAGAUUUUUGGAGAAGAGGCUGAAGGUGUCAGGCAAUCAGCACGAGGAGCUGCAGAACGUCAGGAAGCACAUCCACUCCUGCUUCACCAAAAUCUCCUGCUUCCUCUUACCUCACCCCGGCCUCAAAGUCGCCACCAACCCCAAUUUCGAUGGAAAACUGAAAGAAAUAGACGAUGAGUUCAUCAAGAACUUGAAGAUUUUGAUUCCUUGGCUUCUUAGUCCUGAGAACCUGGAUGUUAAGGAGAUCAAUGGAAACCACAUCACCUGUCGAGGCCUUGUGGAGUAUUUUAAGGCCUACAUAAAGAUCUACCAAGGGGAGGAGCUGCCACACCCCAAGUCCAUGCUGCAGGCUACAGCAGAAGCCAACAAUUUAGCAGCAGUUGCCACUGCCAAAGACACCUACAGCAAGAGGAUGGAAGAGGUGUGCGGAGGGGACAAACCCUUCCUGGCUCCCAGCGACCUGCAGGCCAAGCACGCGGAGCUGAAGGAGGAGGCGGUGCGGCUGUUCCGGGGCGUGAAGAAGAUGGGAGGGGAGGAGUUCAGCCGGCGCUACCUGCAGCAGCUGGAGGCCGAGAUCGACGAGCUCUACAUCCAGUACAUCAAACACAACGACAGCAAGAACAUCUUCCACGCUGCCCGCACCCCGGCCACGCUCUUCGUCGUCAUCUUCAUCACCUACGUGCUGGCCGGCGUCACCGGCUUCAUUGGCUUGGACAUCAUAGCCAGCCUGUGCAACAUGAUUCUGGGCUUGACACUUAUCACACUCUGUACCUGGGCUUAUAUCAGAUACUCUGGGGAGUACAGAGAACUGGGAGCUGUAAUAGACCAAGUGGCUGCAGCCUUGUGGGACCAGGGAAGCACCAAUGAGGCCUUGUACAAGCUGUACAGCGCGGCCGCCACGCACAGACACCUGUACCAGCACGCCUUCCCCGCGCCGCGGCCCGAGCCCAGCCAGGGCCCCGACAGGAAGCAGCUGUAGCGGCACCGGGCCCGCCGCGGCUCCCGGCGGCUCCCGGCGGCUCCGGCCCCGCUCGGCUCCUCCGCGGCUCCGGCCCCGCUCGGCUCCUCCGCGGCUCCGGCCCCGGCCCGCGUCCGUCCCGAGCCCGCCGGGAGCCCGGGCGGGGCCCGCCGGGCAGGGCCGGCGUGGAGGCGCCCCGUCCCCGUGUACAUACGGCACUGCCGCUGCCCAGAGCUUUGGUCCGUCAUAGCCAGCGACUCCCAGCUCGUUUACGAAGCCUUAUUUCCCCCUUCUUAAUUAGUCACCACCGAGGAAACGAUAAUUUACGUGAUACCGCAACUAAAAUGGCCGAAGCUCGUCCAAAAGCCAAUUUAUUUCAGGUACUUGAAGAAGUUAUAACAUGUAACCACGUUUUUUUCCUUCGUUUAACUGUUUAAUGACAUGAACAUAAUUAAAGUGUAUUAACUUGCUUUAUGGGACACUGUAAGGGCACUUCUGUGGUCUGUUCGGGUGCUGUGGGAACCGUUUCUGUUUGUCUGCACCAAGUGUCACUCUGUAGCUGUGCUGGAGGGAGUGUCUGUAUUUCUGUACAUAUUUAUCCACCAUAGCGCGUAGGACGUGUGGUACGGUUCUAUUCUUUUAUUGUCAGGACUAUUAAAGUUUGCUUCUGGUUCCUAAGAA